GUCAUCAGAUAACUGGUUCAUACUUCGAGGCUUGAUUUAAAUAUAAAAGGCUUACUCCAGCCUAAACGAAUCAUUAUCACUCCAGUUAUAUUUAGCAAGGGAUAUCUAAGAACUGUCUUAAUUUAACAAAAUGGUGAAAAGUGGAUUUUUUGCUUGGUUGGUUCUACUUAGCUUGGUUGCUAUAAGUGUUGGGUCUUCCGUCUUCCUCCGUCGGCAUAAAAGGGCUGAAUCAGGUGGUGAUGUAGAUUGUGGCACCUUUCAGCAAUGUGGAAGAGGAUUUCCAAGUUGCGGUAAAGGUUGUAAAUGUAGGGCGAGCAGUUCAACAGGAUGGAAAUAUUGUGAGCCAAGAAAAGCAAACAAUGUAGCACCAGUUAAACCAGCACCAGUCGAACCAGCACCAGUCGAACCAGCGCCGGCAACAGGGAAAUAAAUCAACUGACCACAAAUUUAUCAUUCUUUCAUGAUGAGAAUGUAAUAAUUUAGAAAACUAUUUAAUGAAAUAAAAAGAAACAGAAAGAAUGCAAA